AUGGGUCAUAAAUCAUUGAAAGACACAGCCAAAGACAACCCCAGUCAACUGGGCGAUCCUGUUUCCUUGAAAGCAGAGACAUCCAACACAGAGCCUACCGAGAAUGAUCGUCCCAACAAGUCAGGCGACGGACACAAGUCAUUGAAGGAUCUUGCUCAGGAGAACCCUACACAGCUAGGCGACCCAGUGAGUCUCAAAGCAGAGACCAGCAACACCGAGCCAACCGAGAACGACCGCGGAGCAAGCAAGGCACAUCCAGAAAAGACGGGCAAGCCAAAGUUGUAA